GGGGAGGGGAGCGGGCGGUGCUGCCACCGGACGGAGCUCCGGGCCCCUUCGCGGCUUCAGAUCUUCGUGUAACUGGCUGAAAAAUGGUUCUACAAGAUGACAGCACCAACUGUAACACUGUUAAAAUGGACACUGUCUUCACUUUGACGUGAUGUGUGAAGUUUAUUAGCAUUUUUUUGUUUCUUUACAGUUAUUGUGAAAGUCUUGGCACAGGUUACAAAUGGUGUGGGUUUUUAUCAUGAAUCGAAUGAGCUCCCAGAGCAGUUCAACCGCUCAGCGUAGGCGAAUGGCUCUAGGAAUUGUCAUUCUUCUCCUUGUCGAUGUGAUAUGGGUCGCCUCUUCAGAACUCACUUCUUAUGUUUUUACAAAGUACAACAAACCUUUUUUCAGUACAUUUGCAAAAACAUCCAUGUUUGUUCUAUACCUCUUGGGAUUUAUUGUUUGGAAACCGUGGAGGCAACAGUGUACUCGUGGAUUUCGUGGAAGGCAUGCAGCUUUUUUUGCAGAUGCUGAAGGUUAUUUUGCUGCUUGUACAACAGAUAACAGUGUAAACAGUUCUCUGAGUGAACCUUUAUAUGUUCCUGUAAAGUUUCAUGAUUUGCCAACUGAAAAAAAUGGCAGUAAUAAUAGUGAUGCAGAGAAAACUCCCAAAAAGCCUCGAGUAAGGUUCAGUAAUAUAAUGGAGAUUCGACAGCUCCCAUCAAGCCACGCAUUGGAAGCAAAGUUGUCUCGCAUGUCGUAUCCAACAGUUAAGGAACAGGAAUCAAUACUAAAAACUGUAGGAAAACUCACUGCGACUCAAGUAGCAAAAAUCAGCUUUUUCUUUUGCUUUGUGUGGUUUUUGGCAAAUUUCUCUUACCAAGAAGCUCUGUCAGAUACCCAAGUUGCCAUCGUUAAUAUCUUGUCCUCAACCUCUGGGCUUUUUACUUUAAUCUUAGCUGCAGUCUUUCCCAGUAACAGUGGAGAUAGAUUUACCCUGUCCAAAUUAUUAGCUGUUAUUUUAAGCAUUGGUGGUGUGGUACUUGUUAACCUUUCUGGAUCUGAGAAAUCUGCUGGAAAAGAUACAAUAGGUUCCCUUUGGUCUCUUGUAGGAGCAAUGUUGUAUGCUGUCUACAUAGUAAUGAUAAAAAGGAAAGUAGAUAGAGAAGAUAAACUUGACAUACCAAUGUUCUUUGGUUUUGUAGGACUGUUUAAUCUAUUGCUGCUGUGGCCAGGAUUUUUCCUGCUUCACUAUACUGGGUUUGAAGCAUUUGAGUUUCCCAAUAAACUGAUAUGGAUGUGCAUUGUCAUUAAUGGCCUUAUUGGAACAGUUCUGUCAGAGUUCCUCUGGCUGUGGGGAUGCUUUCUUACCUCAUCACUGAUAGGCACACUUGCUCUAAGCCUUACAAUACCUCUGUCCAUAAUAGCUGACAUGUGCAUGCAAAAGGUGCAGUUUUCCUGGUUAUUUUUUGCAGGAGCAGUGCCUGUAUUUUUUUCUUUUUUCAUUGCAACUCUAUUAUGUCACUAUAACAACUGGGAUCCAGUGAUGGUGGGAAUCAGAAGAAUUUUUGCCUUUAUUUGUAGAAAACAUCGAAUUCAGAGAAUGCCAGAAGAAAGUGAGCAGUGUGAAAGUCUCAUUCCUAUGCAUAGCGUUUCACAAGAUGGAGACAGUUGCUGUUCAUAGACAAGAGGUAUGCUUAAUAAGCAUCAAACGUUACAGAGAAAGUUUAGAAGUGGAAUUAUGCCCAGCGAAGAGACAAUCUUCUGAAAAGGUCCCUAAGGAAUCAUGUUUCAGUGCCUGUUCUGAAUUUGUAGUAAAAAUAAGAAGUUUCAAUUCUUUUGAAACUCUAAACUUUUCCUUUUUCUUGCUUUCAUCUGGUUUUAUAAAUGAACAGAUUUACUACAUGCCUAUUACCAUAGGGAGUCUUAGUCCAUCUGAGCAACCAAGUUGCCUUAUGACAGUGAGCUGGUGAAGCUACUUGACAAAAUCAAGAAUACAAAUGCUAUUCAGUGAUUUCUUUCUUUUUUUUUUUUUAAUUCACAGUUUUGUUAAAUGCUGGACAAUAUUUUUGUUAAAGUACUUUCAAAUGAGUUCUGUAAAUAAGUUUGCAGGUCAUCAAGUCUCACAGGCUUUCAGAUGAAAAGCUAAAUAGAUAUGUUACCUGUACUAGGUAGCAGAUUAACUUUUUUAUGUUGUAUAAACUAUUUGCAUAUUAACAGAGGAAAAUAUAAAAAUUAACUUAUUAAGUGCAUUCUUGUAAUUAUUGAUGCAGGCUCUUUGUAUGGUCUUGGCACACUACAUAGGUGUUGUCUUGCACCAUUUUGAGAAGCCUUGCAAUGGGUACCGAUGUUUAAAAAUCUUCUGUUACAUAACAGUCUGGAAAGUUUAAAAUCGUAGUGAAUGGUAAAAUAUUUCUAAUUACAGCACACUUGGGUGUGCAUUCUCAAAAUCAAUUAUCUCACAUGGAAAAUGAAAUGGGUAAGCUUUCACAUUAAUGGCUGCCAAGUUAUGGAAUAGAUCAAAUUAAUUGGGAAAGUUUGCAGUCAGUGGGUUGAGGCUGUGGUACUCUGCUGAACAACAUGAAAGAUAAAGAUAGUUGCAUUGAUUCGUCUUGAAAGUUUUAUUUCCAGUCACUUUAUUACAUUUAUUAAAAAAUUGAUAAUUUUCUUUAUAACCUACAUCUUCCUUCCACUGAAGUGCUGCUGCCCUGUGUGAUUCUGAAGUUAUGGAUAAUUGUAUUCAACAGUAUUUGAAAUCAGACAGUGCCAACAGUUUCCAGCUUCUGGCCUAUAAGACACUUAUAUUAAAAUUAAUUUUGUCUUUUGAUGGUUUUUUAAAAAUAUUUUUUAUUGUUUUUCUUCUUUUUACAAUGAAUGUAGAAUGGAUUUUCAGUGAACAGUAUUCUCUUCUGUAUAAGAUUAUUAUUAAUAAUAACAAUCAUCCUUCCACACAAAUCCUGAAGGAUGACAUUACACAAAUGUCUUUCUGUGUUUUGACAUUCAGUAAUGAUCCUUCCAAAAGACAUUUUGAUGCUUUGGUGAUACAACUACUAGAUGAGAGAAUGAGGGAAAGCAACCUAUUAGUUAUACAUUUAGAGGGAUUGCCUCUGCAGUUUAAUGUAAAAAUCAGUAAGCAGAGAGAGAAAAGAACCUAGGAACCAUUCUGGUCAAAAAUUGCACCUUUAUAAAAUUUUUCUUUCCAGUGUUGAAUAUUGGAUUACACUACGAGUUUCAGUGAUCUGAAGUGUCUCUUUAAGAUGAGACAGUAAGUCCUCCUUCUUUGGACAUCUGAAAUAGGAAUUAAAAAGACCCAAUACCCUAUAAACAAAGAUGAACCAUAAACACGAACCAAACAAAAAGUUUCUUACGUUUAUGUAAGCAUUCAGAGAAACUUCACAUUUUAAUUCCCAAGCCCUGUAAGUAUAGGAGUUGAAAAUGCAGUGUGCAGGACUAAUUUUACAUUCUUCAGUAAAAUUUUUUCAGGAUUUUUUGGGGAAGUGGAGUUUCCUUAGUUGUGUUGUUUGUGUUUUCUAUUUUCCCCCUCUAAAUGACAAGUUGGAGGAUGUUAGUUCCAAGAAACAUGAAGGCCUAUUGGCAAUAAAAAACUGUCUGUUUUCAAUUAAUGAUAUGCUUCAUUGAGGUCAUACUGAAUAUAUAACACCAGGCAUUAACUAUAAAUUUGAAUCUGUUGGGAUUUGUGCAUCAGCAAACUGAGCCUGGGAAAAAUGUGUAUGCUUUCAAAUGGGUAAUUACUGUAUUGUGAUCAAAAUGUUCUGAUACUGACUUUGAAAUUGGCCAUACUGAUAAAAUUGGAACUGUAAUGAGUAAUGGGCAGUCAUUGUUCAUAUUUGUCCAUACGUUCAUGGCUUAACAUGAAAGAUCCAUCAUAGUCCCUGAUGUACUAGCAGAAUAUUCUUCUGUCUCUGACCCCAGGAAUGUUGAAGAAUGCUUUUGUUCAGGAAUCUCAAAGUUAGGGCCUCCUUAAUGUGUUAAUACAAUAUUGCAUUUGUUUGGGUUUUUUUUUAAUUAAAUAUACUUGUCUUAUGCCAGUGGGUAGCUUGAGCAGUCUUCUUGCAUUAAAUUGGAGUUCUUUAAAGAAUAGGAAAUAAAGCAAACUGGCCUUCUUGAAAGGAUUUUUAAACAAUGGUGCCCUUGUAAAUACAAGACGUCACACUUUUAAUUACAGAAGCUAUGACCUGUAAUGUUGUUCCUGCAUUUAAUAGAAUGUGAUGAGCUUUUUUCUAUAAAACCUUGUGAUUUUUAGUACAAUAAUAUUUUAUAAAUAUAAUGUCUAAUAUGAAAUGUAAAUUGCGUAGCUCUCUAAUGGGUGCUUGGUAAAUGCACAAGAGAUUUAGCUUUGAUUCUCAGGUACCUCUGACGUAAUGGAGACAUGCUGGGUUUUUCUUCCUCAUGACACAACUGGAAUGUGAAGGAGCUCUCUCGUAAAUGCUUUACCUCUGUGUGCUAGCAUAAACUGUCAUUGCUCUUGCUUUUCCAAUUUCAGAAUGUCUUUAUUCUGGCUUAUUUCUUGUAGGAAGCACAUACACUUUAAAAAUAAUGAAUUUUGUCAAGCGUUUCUUUGAAUGCCAUUAGAUGCUUAAGUAGCAGUGAUUUCCUGUGCCUACAAAAUGGAAAAUGAAUACUACAUGUGUUGCUCUGUCAAACAGUUGAACUAAUUACUGUAAUCCUAUGAGACAACCAACAAUUUCUUUUGUGUGUGAUAGAGGUUAUGGAGCUGUUCAAGUUUUAUAUGAUGAUAAUUUGCUGAAUGCCACAUAGCAUGGCUUCGCUUCUGGGGUUUUGAUGAGUCUCACAUAGUGUGAUGUACUGUGUACUGUGCUCCAGAACAAAAGGAGGAAAGAAGUUCAGUUUCCCUGGCUAAUGUCUGUUAGGUUUCAGUCAUACUGAAAAUGUUUUCACUACAAGGGGCUGCUGUUGAUGUAAAACUAAUUCAGCAAAGGACUGUAAUAUGUGUAACAACAAUACUUAACAAUUACUUAGAAAACACGGGGCAUGUGAAUGCCACUGAAGACAGUGAGGACCUGCUAUUUCUGUUGCCUAGUGCACACUACAUCUUGCUCUUUGUCUUUUUGGCUGUGAAAAUCCAUGUAAGGGGAUAGAGGCUGUGAUACGUGACUGAUUUGGCUUGUCAUGGAGUUGGGCUAAAGUGGACUGCACACUGAACCUCAGAAGCAGGGAGGCUAAGGCAGUGCUUGGUCAACUCACUGUGGUGCAAAUGCGAAAGCACAUGGAGUUAGCAGCAGUGUUCUUCAAAUGACAAACUGUGGUGCUGCAUGUGAUACUUGACCCAGUAUGCUGGCAUAUGCAUUACAUACCUCCUUGUAAUGUAUUAGCAAAAAUAGGAGAGCCUCCAAAUUACUUUUCUUGGUGUGUGUUGUAGUUGUCAUUCUUUUUUUAUGGUCCAUGUUGUGCCUAGGUACUGCUAUUUACAACUACAGUUGCUUUAAAUAAGAUGGUAAAAUGAUUUCUUUGUAGUCCUUGAUUCCAUAUCUUCUUGUUGAAUGUUGCCUGUUCCCUACUAAGGUCCUCCUAUACUGGGGAAAUUAAGUUACUGAGCUAAGCUAUAGGAGGAGGGGGAAGCCAGUUACAUUUUACACUUAGGAUAAGUUUAUGGACACACUUUCAGAUUUGGUAUGAAAAUAGGCCUCAGUAAGGCAAAGUGUUUGUGUGUGUGGUUAAAAGGUGCCAUACUCAAAAAAUCAAGAGACAGAAACGAAUGCUAAUAUCGCAGUUUUGAGUUACUUGGCUAAUUAUAGGAUGGUACUUUUGAUGAGUUUUUCUUUAUUUGGGAGAAGUUUUGCAUUAGUUACCAUUUUUCUUAUGACUGUCUUAUGUCUGCAAUUUAAUACUAAUCAUUGCAGUAGCAUUUGAAUGUUGGCUCAUAAACUGUUGUUUUGUUUGUUUUUUUCCCCCCCAUUAUCUAAUCCAGGAUUGUGUUAAUGCUGUUUCCUGUUUUACCUGGUUAUUGCAGGGCAUGAUUUCUCAGGGAAAUAUGGGUAAUGCCAUGCAUUGCAAGAGCUGGUAACUAACUCAUGCUUUUAGAAGAGCUACAGAUAUUUUCAGGUUUCACUCAAAUGUUUUGCAUCAUGUAACUUUCUCAUGUUGAGCUUCCGUAGGCUUACAAAGUAAACCAUGCUGAGAAUGUUAAGAGCAUUUAAAGGUGUCAAUAAAAUACACUCUGCCCAACACUUUUUGGACAAGCAUCCAUUCUAAGCUGAUGCUGCAUGUGUGUGGUUUUUCUGCUUUAUUGUACUAUGCUCUGUAUAAAUUAAUAGUUGCACUCUGAUUUUGAAGCUGCAUUCCGGCAUGACAGUGACAUUAAAUGUCAGGGUUAGGCAAUGCUACAGUAAUACAUAAUGUGACUCUGGGGUAGAGUACCAGUAUAAAUCUUCUAACAUAUAUAUUCAUUUAUUUCAUUAAAUUUUUACAAACUCUGUUCCUCUUGGGGAUUUCUGUUUGUUUUCCCAGUAAAGUUACUUUGGCUAGACUGUGAUUUGAUCCAAAGCCCAUGAGGAUCAUAGACAGCAUUAAUAAAGUAAAACUUUAUUGAAAAGAAACUCCACAGUGAGGGUGACCUUUAUGUCUUUGCAAUAUUUCUGUCUGCAGCAUACAUUUGGAGUGGUUUGCCUUAAAACUUCAGUAAUAUAAAUGUGAGGGAUUUUAGUGCUGGUAAAAAUGUUAAAUAUACUACUGUAACUGGUCACAAAAAAAUAUUUCCCUGUAGACAACUUGUGGCUUAAUUAUUUAGAAGGUGAACUUCUCUUGAUAAGGUAAAUUUGUCUUGCUACAUGACAUUAAAAUCAGCAGUAUAAGAAAUGCUGACCAUUUCACUUAGUUGUAUGCUUGUAGGGGAUUUUUCUAUCUGUGGUGAGAAUGUGAUCAUAGUCACUGUAGCCUUGAGGGUCAGCCUCCUUCUCUUGCUUUCUCAUUUGGAACUCCCAUUUUCAUGUACUUUGCAAAGAAUACAGCAGGACAUUUUCUCUCUAGGUAAAGCUACUCAAAUUGUGUUUUGAUUGCUCUGGUUCUCUGUACUGUUAGAAAUCUAACAUAAAGCAUAAACCUAAGGUGUAAAUGUGACUCUGCUUAGUUAUCUGUGUUCUCACUCUCCUCUGACAUAAAGUAUCACAUCAUUAUAUCUGGUAUUUAUAGGUAACAAGCUUCUGGAAUGCCUACUGUGAUGUGGAAUGCAUCCAGAAUUUCAUCUAGCUUUCACUUCGUACUUUCCUACUUUAAAAGCAUAAGAGGCUUUUCUCUGGGGAUUUUGGUAGAGAGCAGCUGUUUCAUUCUACAAGUGCAAAGUUCUUUAACUGCAUUUCAGUUUGUGAAGUUCCAUCCAGUAUUCUUUUUAUUUUUUAAUGAACUUCUGACUGUUUUAUUAGGGAAAGUGCACAAAUUUUCAUAGAAUCAACCAGGUUGGAAGACACCUCCAAGAUCAUCCAGUCCAACCUAUCACCCAGCCCUAUCCAAUCAACUAGACCAUAUAGAUAUGUUGCACACAAGAAAUACGACAGAUUGGAAUGGCCUCAGAAGUAAUAAUUCAAGGAUGUUCUGGUAGUUCUUCACAUGUGUUCCUGAAGUUUUUCCUUCUUUUUAAACAACCAAAAAAAACCCACACUCCUGGGCUGAAGUGAAUUAGCCAUUUAGCUUAGAACUAAUUUUGUGUUUUCAUUAGGGAUAUCCUUCAAUAUAUUACUGAUAUUGCCAGCCCACAAGUCUUUUAAUCCUGUCUGUAUCUAGGUGGUGCUUCUCUUCUACCUAAAUCUGACCUCUUGUAUGCCAAAAACAAAAAAAAUGGAGAAUAGAAAAAAAGACUUUCAAAGUCUCAAUUGAAAAUAAAGACUCAUACUGGGCAGCAUGUGGAAUCAGCUGUAAAAUCAUUAGAGCAAUUUCUUGCAUAGCACAAUUACAUAUAGAAGGUGUGUAGGCAAUGGGUGCAUUGAGUUGAUCUCUCUUUGGUUGAUCUUGAUUUAAUGUAGAAUGUAAUUAUUUUAAGUAAUCAUUUCAUGCUGAAGCUGAGUGCUUAAGAUCUGUGAUUGUAAUCAUGGAAAAAAAUGUAUUUCAGGAGAGAGUGUAUAUGCUAAGGAGUUUCUCCUCUGCAUUUGGGGAUUUGUAGGGGGGUUUGUGAAGCAUUAAGUCCUGCAGUUACAAAUGAAUGCUCUAUUAACUGAAAAUCAUGAGAGGCUGUUCACACAAAUCUAUAUUGUGAACUUAGCUGUUGUUCAUGUUUAAUAUUAUCUGAAUGGAAUUGGAGUAGUGAAUGAGCACAUGAUACAGCUUCAGCAUUGAGCAGCUGAAGGGGCCCUUACAAUUUCCUAAACCUUGAAUAAAUUCUCUUUGAAGUGAAUAUUAUUGAACCAAAAUUGUUUAUGAAACUUUCUUAGUUGCUUAUAUAAAUUAAUCUGUGAAACUCAAAGCGUUUGUGCAUUAAAUGAUGCACAAGAGUUUCAGUGGUCAUUUUGGUGUUAACUUUUGUACCAAGCUUCAGCAAAUUCUGAAUAACUUUCAAAGCAGAAGCUGCUUUAACUGAAGAGCCUUCAGCUGAAUCAAACUUCUGUUUGCAUGAAGUCUGUGUGAUUUGCUGAUAAUUCAAUUCAGACAUUCUGAGAGCACAGCUAGUUCCAGGUAUCUAUGCUCUAUGAAACAUCUUUAUGCAUUGUCUUUUAACCAUUUUCCUUAGUGAGACCAGAACCUGAGUUGCUGGUGCGUACUGCAUUUGCACUGAAAUUCCAGAUUUCAGAGGGUGUUAAACAUUGCUCUAUUUUUGAUAAAAAAAAGAAAUGUAGCAUUUUUAUCUAAUUUCUGUUGAAUGAUAAGUAUGUUCAUGCAGAGAAAAAGCUGUAAUUAGAGCUUGAUGCAGGGAUUUUAAGCCAAGAAAACAGCAGGAUGGCAGUGGUAAAUCUGAAAAGAAGAUUUGUGUCUCUUCAGAAACUCUGGCUUCUGGUUUCUUCCUCCUUUCUUUAUACCAAAUUGGUGUCUCCAUUAUUCCAGAACUAUACAGGUGAAGCAAGGACCUGAACUUUUACUCUUUGUUUUUAAGAAGUGAACAUUGUUUUUUGCGUGGAGUGUCUUUGUCCUGUCACUUCAUUUUCAGAGGAGGGUCAGUUAAAUGAGAAGUAUAGAAUGAGUAUUUUUAAUUAAAAUCAGAUUUAGAUGAUUAAUUAUUUUGAAAUUCUCUAUAUUAAUAGAGAUCUAAUGAAUGGAAAUUAAAGGCCUAUAUUGCAGAUAUCAAACAGUGCUUAUAUAUUUUUAACAAAAUCACUAUAUAUAUAUAUAUGAAAAAUUGAAAUGUGUGAAGGUGAAAAUAGGAGGAUUAUUCUUGUGUGUUAGUAGGUUUAUAAAUUGAAAUUCUGAAGAUCCAAUACCAAAACCCUAUAAAAGGGCUAAUGAAAAAAAAAAAGUAAUGUAUUCUGAUGAACAGCCUGUGUAAUACAAUCAAUGGGUGUGAUGUUUUUUGUUCUGUAUUAUAUUUAUUAUAUGUAAGUAAACAAUAAAGGUUAUAAAUCUUA